UCAGGAACCUAAAGCAGACUUGAAAACUUGAAAGAGAAGAAGUUUGAUCAAACUGUUGUUCUCCUUGAACUGCAAAGAUGACUCUUGUUAAGCUUCUCAUUCUGUCCUUAACUUUGUCAGCAGUGUGUGGAUUGAGAUGCUACUCGUGCAAAAAUGCCAGUGGUGCAGCCUGCCCCGAAAUCAAAGAGUGUCAUCCCCUUGCCAACCGUUGUUACUCAAUGAAACUGGGCGCACUGGUUUCCAAGGGCUGCCAGAACUGGUUGUCGUGUGGUUUCGCCUGGAACUGCUGUAAAGGCGAUCUGUGCAAUGGCUCCACAUGAUCUGGAUCCAGUUUCCUCUUGAUGAUGCUGACUUCAGCCAUGUUCAUACUUUUUCCUGAAAAAAAAAAUUGAGAUAUAAGGUGUUUUUAAUGGAACGUUUGGAAUAACUGAAAGAAAAAUAAAGACAUUUUCUGUUGAA